CGGCGGGGCCGACGGGCGGGCUGAGGAGGGAAGCGGGCGAGCGGAGUCCCAGUGCGCGCCGCGGCCGCCCGGGCGCCCUCCCCUUCCGGGCGUGAGGCGCUGUGCGGAGCCGAGCCGAGCGGACCCGCGCCGGCAGCGAGGCGCUGCUCCCGCCGCCCCGGCCCGGCCUGCCCCUGCUCCGGCGCUCCCGUCGCGGGGGCCCGCCCUCCUCAGCACCUCCGGCUCCCGGCGCCGCCGCAGCCCGCCCUCGGCCUCCCGGAAGCCCCGGCGCCGGCCCGGGCCCUCGGCGGGAGGAUGACGGAGCUGCAGUCGGCGCUGCUGCUGCGGAGACAGCUGGCAGAACUCAACAAAAAUCCAGUGGAAGGCUUUUCAGCAGGUUUAAUAGAUGACAAUGAUCUUUACCGGUGGGAAGUCCUUAUCAUUGGUCCCCCUGACACACUUUAUGAAGGUGGUGUUUUUAAGGCUCAUCUCACUUUCCCAAAAGAUUAUCCCCUCCGGCCUCCUAAAAUGAAAUUCAUUACAGAGAUCUGGCACCCAAAUGUUGAUAAAAAUGGUGAUGUAUGCAUUUCCAUUCUUCAUGAGCCCGGGGAAGAUAAAUACGGUUAUGAAAAGCCAGAGGAACGCUGGCUCCCUAUUCACACUGUGGAAACCAUCAUGAUUAGUGUCAUUUCAAUGCUGGCAGACCCUAAUGGAGACUCACCUGCUAACGUUGAUGCUGCGAAAGAGUGGAGGGAAGACAGAAAUGGAGAAUUCAAAAGGAAAGUUGCCCGCUGUGUAAGAAAAAGCCAAGAGACAGCUUUCGAGUGACAUUUGUUCAACAGCUAUAACUUCAUUAUUUCAGGGUCUCCAACUGAGAAACAUGGCACUGUUUUCCUGCACUCUACCCACCUAUUGCUGGACUUCUGUUGUAACAAGUUGGCGGACACUGGCUGGAGCUGGGCUGCAGUAGAACAAGCCAGUACCGUGCUGACAAGAGCCUAACAAGUGCCAACUUACAGGGGAUUGCGCAGUUUGAAUUCUCAUGAACUGUUUUAGCCUUCAGGAAGACUUGUAAAGACCUGUACAUAGCACAACAUGAUCCGGAUAAUAUAUAUACCAUUCAUGUACAUCCACCAAUACACCUUGUACCAAAUAAUGCUCUCUUGUAGUAGGACAAGAAUCGUGUAAAUUCUCAAAGAUUUUAGCAGGUUUUCUUUCCCUAUUCAUUGUUUCUUAUCAGUUUUAAAAGACUCCUUAAAGCAUGUCAGAUGAAAAACAAUUAGGAUUAAAAGUUUCCAUUUAAUUUCCUUUAAA